AUGUAUAGUAUGGUUUUAUUUAAACUUCUAUACAAGAUUGAGGCAAAGUUAUUACUUGAUUUCUCCGAUCUUAAUUCCCCAAAUAUCCAACGACCAAAUCACCUGCCAUUUUUCGAAUCUUCGACCCAAUUACCCGGCAUGUACUUUAGAGUAAAAUAUAUAAGCUUAACAGCAUUAACCAAUAAUAACGAUAAUGAAGGAGGUUCAAUAAAUGCUCCUAAUGAAAGAUCUCGUUAUAGGAGUCCCUUUACUAAUCAGUUUAUUAGGUCUGCUUAUAUGACACCACCAUUAAUGAACAUUGGUAUAGUAAUGUGA